AAGAGAGAAGUGGCUUCAUUUCAGUGGCUGACUUCCAGAGAGCGAUAUGGCUGGCUCCCCAACAUCCCUCACCCUCAUGUACAUCCUUUGGCAGCUCACAGGUUCAGCAGCCCCUGAAGCCGUGAAAGAGCUGGUUGGUCCCCUUGGUGGAGCCGUGACAUUCCCCCUGAUGGCCAAUGUGAAGCAGGUUGACUCUAUUGUCUGGAACUUCAACACAACCCUUCUUGUCACCAUGCAGCCAGAAGUGCCCACUAUCAUAGUGACCCAAAAUCGUAAUAAGGAGAGAGUAUCCUUCCUAAAUGGAAGCUACUCCCUGAGGCUCAGUGAACUGAAGAAGAAUGACUCAGGGGUCUACCACGCGAAGAUAUACAGCUCAUCCCUCCAGAACCCCUUCACCCAGAAUUAUGUGCUGCAUGUCUACGAGCACCUGUCAAGACCUAAAGUCACCAUGGGUUUGCAGAGCAAUAAGAAUGGCACCUGUGUGACCAAUCUGACAUGCCACAUGGAACAUGGGGGAGAGGAUGUGAUUUAUACCUGGAAGGCCCUUGGGCAAGCAGCCAGUGAAACCCAUAAUGGCUCCAUCCUCCCCAUCUCCUGGAGACGGAGAGAAAGUGAUAUGACCUUCAUCUGCUUCGCCAGGAACCCCAUCAGCAGCAACUCCUCAAGCCCCAUCCUUGCCAGCAAGCUCUGUGAAGGUGCUGCUGGUGACCCGAAUCCUUCCAUGGUCCUCCUGUGUCUCCUGUUGGUGCCCUGCCUGCUCAUUCUCUUUGCUCUGGGGCUAUUUCUUUGGUUUAUAAGGAGAGAGAGACAAGAAGAGUCCAUUGAAGGGAAGAAGAGAAUGGACAUUCGUGAGGAAACUCCUAACUUAUGCCCUCAUUCUGGAGAGAACACAGAGUACGACACAAUCUCUUACACUAAUAGAACAAUCCCAAUGGAAGAUCCAGCAAAUACAGUUUAUUCCACAGUGGAAAUACCCAAAAAGAUGGAAAGUCCCCACUCACUGCUCACGAUGCCAGACACACCAAGGCAAUUUACCUAUGAGAAUGUUAUCUAGACAGCAGUGUACACCCCUAAGUCUCUGUCCAAAAAAACCAAGUCUCAGCCCAAAGAAAACAAUCGAAAGAAUUCAUUGAUUUGACUAGAAAUGCCAAGGAAUAAUGAAGAACACUGACUUUUUUCCAGGAUAAACUAUCCUUGAUGCUCCUUUAGAUUUGGGAGUUCAUAAUUCCAUCCACUGCUGAGAAAUUUCCUCAAACCCAGAAGGUUUAUCCCAUCCCCAAAAUGGGAUUGUGAAUUUUGUCAGCAAACCACAAGAAAAGUGCUUAGAAAAGUGGUCCUAUAAAAAGGUAAAUGCCGCGUCACACAUAUUAAUGACAGCCUGUCAUAUUAAUGAAGGCUCCAGGUCAGUGUCUGGAGUUUCAUUCCAUCCCAGGGCUUGGACAUCAGGAUUAUACCAACAGUCUUGCUACCAGGAGAGUAAGAAGACCAAAACAGACAGACAUGUCCAGCAGAAGCAGAUGUACCUGAUAAAAAUGGAUGUAUUCAUUGGCUCCGUAAACUAUGUGCCUGGCACUAUGCUCAGCUUACACUAAUUGAUCAGACAUGCUCUUUGCUCUCAUGAAAUUGGCUCCAAAUGAAUGAACUACUUUCAUGAGCAGUUGCCAUAGGCCUGACCACAGAUUCCCUGAGGGCCAGGUGUGGAUCCACAGGACGUGAAUGUCAAAGCACACAAAGAUGAAGAAUCCAGGGCAGAUGAUAAUGUUUGGCAGAUACUAUGAUGGAGACACAGAAGCAUGUAUGGCCCAAGGACGAUGACCCCAAGCCAGGCUUCAUUCAUGCACUUGUGCUGCAAAAGAAAAGCCUAGGUCUAAAGGCUAUGCCAGAGCCCAUCCCAAUAAAGAGAUGGAGUCUAAAGUCACAUUUUAAAUCUAAUAUGGGAGACUUAGAGUCAAGCUGUAGAGACUGGUGGGGCACGCGGGGCAGUGAUUACUUGUAAACCGUUAAAGAUGGUUAAUUCAUUCAAUAAAUAUUUAUUAAGAACCUAUGAGGUUGGGCACAGUGGCUCAUGCCUGUAAUCUCAGCACUUUGGGAGGUCAAGGCAGUUGGAUCACUUGAGGUCAGGAGUUCAAGACCAGCCUGACCAACAUGGUAAAACCCCAUCUCUACUAAAAAUACAAAUUUGCUGAGUGUGGUGGUGCGUACCUGUAAUCCCAGGUACUUGGGAGGCCAAGGCAGGAGAACUGCUUGAACCCAGGAGGUGGAGGUUACAGUGAGCUGAGAUCAUGCCACUGCACUUCAGCCUGGGAGACAAGAGUGAAACUUCAUCUCAAAAAAAAAAAAAAAAAAACCUAUGCUACAUCGGUCUGAAACAUAAGAUGAACAUCCCUGCCAACAUAGAGCUCACCACCUCUUUACUUAAGUGAAAAACAUGGGGGGGAAAGGGGACUGGCGGCUUUUGAUGUGCUCCCUGACACAUAUCUUGAAUGGAGACCUCCCCACAAAGUGUUGAAAGUGUUGAAAAAACUUAAAAACAUGCUUGUUGGGCAAGAAUGGGAUUGAGAGUAUCUUCUCUCAAAAAGGCCUUGUAAAGGAACUGAGCCAGAUCUCUUCCCUUACUCCAAACCUACUGUAGGAGCCCCCCUCGCAAAAAGUCUUCUUUACUAUCUUAACAAAAUAGCUAUUGUGAAAUUCACAUACAAAAA